CUUGGAUAUAAAUUUGAUGACUUCAGAUGACCAUGAAUUUUCUGUAACUUCCGAUUUGCCGUAAUCGUCAUCGCCACUACUGCUGUCUAAGAUCGGAGUUGAAAUCUAUUGGUCAAAAUCCUCAAAAGCUUCACUCGCUUGACGAUCUUUUCACCUGCUUCUUACUUUGUUCCUAUAAUUUGCAAUGGCUUUAAAACCUUUAAAAGGGAGAAGAAAGCAUCUUUUCCUAUCAUACCUUAAAGACUGGGUUCUGGUCAUAAUUCUUAUUGUCGUCUUUCUGGUGAUUGAUAGUGUCGACCCGUUCUUCUCAGAAUUUCCCUUGCAAAACCGUCGAUUAAUGUAUUCAUUGAAGAACGAUACCCUGUCAAUAGGGGUCUUGGCUGUACUUGCUGUGGUUGUACCAUUCAUCAUAAUCGCCCUCGUGUCUAUAUUUUUAGUCCGCAGUCCACUUGAUCUUCACAAUGGAACUCUGGGCCUGCUGCUAUCAGUAUCAUUUACCAUCAUGAUUACAGAGAUAGUCAAGCUGACAGUGGGUGCUCACCGACCUGACUUUUUAGCUGUAUGUGCACCCAGAGAAGGUGCUGUGGAUCCUCCUUUGGGCCUGAGCAAUUUAUCGGUUUGUACUCGACCCCUCGAUUAUCUUCUAAAAGACGCGUUCAAAUCCUUCCCAAGUGGCCACACCUCUGUUGGAUUUGCUGGUCUCGUAUACCUCUCACUCUACUUUGCUGGAAAAUUACGGUUAUUUGUAAUGAAGACUGGUUACUUCUAUCGUGGCUUCAUCGUUACUAUGCCAAUUCUCGGAGCGGUUCUAAUAGGCGUAUCCCGCAUCACAGAUUACAAGCAUCACACUUGGGAUGUGGUAGUUGCAGCUUUGAUAGGCACUUUAUUUGCUUUUUUUGCGUACCAUCAAUACUAUCCAUCGUUAUGGUCUCCUCACAGUGGCAUACCAUUUGAGCCCAGAAUUGCGAAAAGAAACGAAUUAGCAACGAAUGACGAUGUAAGUAUCUCACAACAGCUGGCUGCUGAUUAUGGUCCGAAAGAAGAUGAUUAUCAACUCGGGAACACCUCAGGCACUAGCGGCCAAUCAUUCGAAAUGUCCAAUUCGCGCUCACAAGCAAACAUUGCAUCGAGCGGCUCAAAUGCAGCCAAUGUUUCGUAAUGUAGAUAGCCUUAGCUUGCGCAUGCAUGCCAAACGAACAUAUUAUUCUUUCAAUGUAUUGAGUUAAUCGUAUAUCUAAUGUACUUUAGACUAUCAGCCAAAGGGGUUAACCCCAAAAUGUACUUCCUCAGUGUUGCUAAUGUCGACGUUCGAAUUAAUGCUAUACUUAUUGGCGCUCAUGUGUGACAUUUUUUAAAAAAGCAAAAACUCAUAACUGCACAACAUACAAGUUUGAAUAUGAAUGUAUUAAUGCAAUUACGGUGGGCCGUUUAACAAUAUCAGCAGAUAUGAUCUAUGCUCUACUUGGCGGAGAAAGCUAUGAUAGUCAUUGCAAAUUUAGAAAUAAUAUCCGGGUUGAACUGAUC